ACAGGUGUGCUGGAGAUGGAUUGUAGUGAGGCACAUCUCAAGGAAAAGGUUAUAGAUUAUAGAGCGCCCUCGCAACAGACUGAUUAAUCCGGUGGACUACUGUUCUUACCUUAAAACGACAAGUGCCCACGGCCACAUACUGGUUUCCUCCAUACGCCAGGAGUGAGGCAGAAGAUUUUGUAAAGACUGAAUAAUGGUGGUUAUGGAGGAAAGCCUGAGAACAAUGACCAGGGUCUUCAGGAGAGAAUGUCACAGGGUGUUGGACUCUGAGAGGACCACCAUUCAAGGGGCUGAUGGGAUGCUGAUGGUCCUACAACUUGCUGUGGCUGGGGUCAACAAGCAGGAAUAUGGGGACUUUGGUGUUGCUUUGAGUGAAGUCUUGGCUGCCUGGAAAUACUUCCUUCUGGAUAAGCUCCAGCUAUCCCACAACGAUAUCCCUCUUCCACAAAACUAUGACCUCAUCCGAAAAGAGUAUGACUGCUUUUUGAAACGCACAAAUACUGUGGACUUGAUUGACGUCUUCAUUAUGUUCAAGGAGCUUCGGAUAAAUGAGGACCCUGAGGAACCCCUAACCGCGAUGCAGCUGUUUCAGUUUCUCAUUGGUGAAAAGGAGAGUUUGGAAAAAGUGGAAUCUCUUCCUGUGUGUCCCGCAACUCCAUCUAACAAGGCUGGAAUCUGUAGUCCACAGAUACAGAGAGUUGUCAGGAGAGUUUUCUGUUCCUAUUUGGGCCUUCUGGUGAACUCUAAGAAUGAUAUUGCCCUCGCGUACACCCUGGACAACCCUAAUCGCUCUCUGGGCCACAUCGCCUUUACUGACCUGAGACAUGCUGCAUGCACCAACGCCUCAUCUCUUUUCUUGACAGUGACGUCGUUUGUCAGGGCCAUACAGCUGGGAGGGAAGGGGUACGCCCCACCUGAAUCUCACCCUUUAAGGAAGCACAUAAAGGGUUUAUCAGAGUUUCUCAAUUUUGUCGACCAGUGUCAAGAUGUUUUAGGAGAAACCCCCAAUCCAAGAGAAGCUGGAUCUAAGCUGGUGUCUAGUAUUAGAGCUGCUUUGGUCAAAGGCCGCAGUGGUGGAGACCCAGUAUACUUUGCUGCAGAGGACACAGCCAAAAGUUUCAAGGAAAGAAUCAGUCAAAUACACACCAUGCAGACACAGUCAGCAGUUGGCACAGGAAUAAGUCCAGCAAGGCCCAAAGCGUAUGCUAUUAACCACUGUACUGCCUAUGGGGGCCGAGAGACUGUGAAGGUUCUGAUGGCCCUAUUGGAUGAAGAGGCUCUAGUCCCGCCCUGCAGGAACAAGGCGGAACUGCUUUCUGAAGAUCAUGCGGUUCUUAAUGGCAGCGCUGGAGCUUGUCUUCUUACCAUGUACAAAUCUCCAGAAGCUCCUACGGGAUCUUCUCCAAAGAGUUUACGGAACCGUGUCUCGAGCCAACAAGAACAUAUCAAGUCCAAGGUUGUGCGGCCAACCAUUCGCUCUCAGUUUGCAUGUACGUACAAGGAUGACGAGCUGCCCCUCAACCGGGUGUUGGAGUUUCCAAGUGCUAGCCAACUUCCCACCUGUGUGCACCCUGCGCCCAAACGCACCAUCUCUUUACAUGCGUCUGUGGAGGAAGAGUGUGACUCCACUGAGAUGGACAACAGACUCAAAGAGACCACUAACUUGAGGUGUGAAGGUCCCGGCCAAUCCGCUCUGGGGGAACAUAGUGGAAAUGCCUGGAACCGAGCAGGUGGGAAGGGGACCCGGCCAGAACAGCUCGGAAGAGCAACCGGGACUUCGAAGAGAAAGCUUGCCAAUAGAGAGUGCGCUGAUCAGGGAAAAGAAGAGAACCAGCCCCCUCAGAAAAGACCCCCCGCCAAGGCUCCCGUUGGAGGCCUGGGGAAAAGGAACAGUAAACCUGCCAGCAAGAAGCUCAUCGCUGGUCAGGGAAAACUGACAGGCUUUUUCAGACUGUAAUUUACUCCAUGAUCUCUUAUCAAUAAUGAUGCUGUGUUUUUGGUAGUCUAAAUGCAUUUAAAGGGGGUAGCUAUUUUUUGUAUAAUGUCCCUUUUAAUGCUUUCACUAUCCAUUUAAAAACCAGCUCACAUCAACAUGUGUGAGGGAACUCUUCUCCAGAUAAUUACUGACAGAGUGUGUGUAUAUAUUUGUGUGUGCAUGUUUGAGAUGUAAGAGAGAAGAUUAUGAGUUGGCAAAGAUAGAACUUUAUCAUUUUAUUUGAUUGUGUGACUGGAGUACAUUUUAUAAUGUAUGCUUUCUGCUCUCCUUGAAGACGACCCAUAAUUUGCAGAUUUUAAUAAACUUUUAUUUCAGUUCUUUUUAAAUCA